AUGGUCUUUGAUUGUACUGUGACUCUGAACGUCGGCGGUCAGCUUUUCUACACCCGAAGGAGUACCCUGGCGAACCGGGGUGAAAAUGAACUUUAUAAGGUGAGAAAAAUCGAUUUUUCAAUGGAUUUUCGUACAUUUUUGAAGAUUUACUCUGGACAAACUAUGGCCGAAUCGAAUGGGACCUAUUUCAUUGAUAGAGAUCCCACGCUUUUCCGCUACAUUUUGAACUAUCUACGCGAUGGCCGUGUCAUUUUCCCCGACGAUCCUCUCAUCAUGGCGCAGCUGUUCCAAGAGGCCAAGGUUUGAAGAUUGAAUCACAAAAAAUACUCUGAAUAUCACAAUUUUUCAGGCAUUGGGUCUUGAAGAACUGGCCGAGAAAAUCAGUUUGUCGUCGAAAAACGCCACCGGAUACCACGAUUUCAAAUUUUGA